GGGUGCUCUGCCUCUUCUCAGUUAAAUGGCACCCACUAUUUGGCAGGAGGAGGAAGAGACACAGUUGCCUGCAGACCAGUGAUUCCCUCCAUUUGUGGAUGCCUUGCAUCUCUUUGACCACAGAACUGAAGCCCUUCCAGGCACAUUUCAGCACAGCCAUGGAAACACAUAAAUCUGCUGUGACAGUAGUUGGGGGGGGAGAGUUCUGUUCUUAGAACAGGCAAAUAGUCACCAAUUUAUUUCAGCUUGGUGGCUUCAAAGUUUGGGGAGGCUAACAUUUUUCUGAUAAAAUUAAAUUCAGUGCAUUAAUUUCCAGGGAGGUUCAUCUUAUAUCUAGGGAAACUGUCUUUGCUGGUGUAAGACAGCGGUCUUAAUCACAUGAGAAGACAGACAGUAGUAGCUUGGGGAAAGGUCUUUAAGGACCUUGUAAAAAUUAAGGGACUCUUCUGGUUCUAAACAAAAUCCUGCAGCUCACCACUGGAACAACCUUCAGUCUUCACUUGUGUAUGUAUAGGGGGCAUAUAGUACCAGAAGUGUUUGAAAAACAAAAAAAAAGGUGCAAAAAAAAAGCCACCUUCACCUAACUGUCUGUAGAUGUACUAUUAUCAGAGAAACAGAGCUGUAACAUAAAUGUACAACAUACCUAAAUACCUUCCCUCCCUGCAGGGGAGAAGUGAUUGCCAGUGCCUUUUAGAGAAAAGGUCUUAGGCUGUUAGGUAUGUGGGGAAGGAUAGAGUGGGGAGGAAGAGGAAUUUUAAGAGAUUUUUUUUUAAUAUGUUGAGCAUCCUUUAAGUGGUAAGCUAAGAAUAUCCUUCCCCCAAUUCCCAAUGAUAAAAUUCUUAUUGCAAGAUCAGAACCAGACAUGAAAAAUCACACUGCUUAGACUUUGUGCAAGUUCUUCCGCGGAGUUUGUCUUCCCACGGUAACACUAUGCAGAAGGCCAAUGGUCAGAAAGCAAAUACCGAUACCAUUUCCUCUCCGUUCACCAAUUCUCAGCACAGGAAGCGUUGUGCUAGGAGAACAGGUGCUAGAAGAAGAACAACGACCUCUUUGUAGCUGCACUGCAGGGCUCCCAGGAGCACAGAAAGAGCAGUGACUCUGGCUGCUGAGGAUCACUGGCAGGGGAUGACAGGGAGCUCACAGCAAGCUGGAUGGUGCAAGAAACCCACAUCACCCACAGACGCAAGAGCUACUUUGAAAGUUGUCAGGAAGACCACGUACACCAUCGUUCUGCUCACCAUCGCUGCAGUCACAGGAGCUACAGGGAACAACAGAGUGUCAGCGGCAGUAGGUAACAGCUGUGUGCUCACCUGCCCUCCCAAAUCAAAUAUAACUAUGGUAACAUGGAAAAUAAGCCCCAAGGUUGGAGGCCCUUGCACCUUGGGCUACAGGGCUGCUCAGAAUAAGACAGACAGAACAAACUGCAGUGACAGCAUGAACUGGAAAUUCAGACCAGAUCGGGAUCCUGCCCUUGAGAUAUGGCAAGUAGGAAUAGACCAUGAGGGAAACUACACCUGCGAAGUAGUAGCAACAGAAGGGAAUUUCCACAAGACGUACCACCUGACCGUGCUAGUGCCCCCAAGGCUGACCAUGUACUGUGAUGACCACGGGAACCCCGUGUGCAAGGCAACGGCAGGGAAGCCGGCUGCCCAGAUCUUGUGGGUCCUAGAGAGCAACUCCACCCCCAAGGAAGAAGGCCAUGACAACGGGACAGUGACUGUUCUCAGCACGUUCACAGCAUACAGCACCAACGUGACUAACACAACCUGCAUUGUGUCCCACCCAGCUGGGAACCAGAGCAUGACCAUAGCCUGUCAUCCCCCAGAUAUUAGUACGUGGCUUCUCCACUGGGUCAUCAGCCUUGCUAGUCUCCUGGGCCUCCUCUUCCUGCUUGCUGUACUUCAUCUCUACACCUUCUGUGAUAGCAGGUAUGUAUGGGACAUGAUACACACAAACCCCUUUGGCCAGUCCUGGGCAAGUUUAGAAGGGCUUCUGAUACUAAUUCAUGUCAUGUGUGGUCACCUCAGUCUGUCAUGAACACACCAGUUCAGCACAUGUUCAUGGAGGUUUGUCCGAGGUCUAUAACACCACAGCUGGGGCAGAGGGGGCGGGAGUCCAUACAUGAGUGUUAGAGACCUUCCUGCUGCCAUACUUCUUUCAGAAGCAAAAUUACAAAGGGAGUGGUUAGUUUUUUCCACCCAGUUGAGGGAUACAAACAAAGAUUGCCAGGCUAUGAAGAUUAAAGAGGCAGCAAAAUAACUUUCUGAGCUUGGAGCCAGACUUCUGGUGCAUUUUGUCCUACUCAAAGGAAGCCAGGGAAGGCAGGGCCAAUGUAGAAAUGCAGGAAGGAUUGCAUGAGAGCAGAACAGGUCUGCUGUUGUAACUGCUCAGGAGUUCUGGUGGCAGUCUGGCAGCUCGGCCGAUUACUCUAUCUGAGCUAGCCUCUCUGUCACAAGGUGCAAUUGCUGCCCAGAAUUACAGUACAAACACCACAGAGGCAGAACUAACAACUGUGUUCAAGUCACUUGAGCUCCACGCUUUGCCGGGGCUCUUGGCAGCUCUCUGUUUGGUGCCGGCUGGAGCACGGCCAGCUCUGGUCGUGCUCAUGUGAGAUCACAGAUAUAAAGCUUUACAUUCUUUUGUUUCUCUACCAAAUAAAGGGGAGGAAUUCUGUUCUUACAUUCCCAGAGCCCAAAAUUGCAUUCCCAAACAGCCUUGUCCUUGCACUUACAGUAUUGGUGUCUUGUUUCCUAGAACAAUGAGAAGCCAGUAUAAGCCAAGGAAUCUUCCAUCUGCAGAGCUCUCUGGGCCUAAUUCUAACUCAGCACCUAAGCGGAGAUGAAAGAAACUCCCAGUAUGCCUCAGUCAGCAAUGUGACAUGCAGCAGGGACUUACCAGUACCAAAGCGUUCAGGACAAAGAAGCAAAUAUCUGCAAUGCAGCUGGUAUAACUGUGCAGAAACAUGGCAUGCAGGGCAGAUCCUACCUGAGCCUUGUCAGCUCUGUCUUCCAUCAUCUCUCUAGUGCAACUACAGAUGCUCUUAUUACUCAUGCAAAUAUCAAUUUUUUUUUUUUAUAAAACCAAAUCUAACAUAUAUGCAAUAGGAAAUUCGUGUUGUAUAAAAUGAGGUCACUCCAUUUCAAAUACAUUGUAUUCUAGUAUUUAAGUAUCAUGUCUUAUAGGAUAAAAUAAAUCAGAAGAAACUUUCUUGCAUACUAAUGAGCAGCAACAUUCUCAGGAUAAUCACACAGGACUGAAGCUAAAUUUGAGCAACUCUCAUUUUCACUAUAAGAAUUUUGAAGUGUUUCACCAACAGCUAGAAAAAAGGGAGAGAGAGAGAAUGCUUGAGCUUUAGUAGUUAUUGCUACAUGAAGCACAGAAAUUCUUAUAAUCUUGAGAUCUAAGCCUCACACUCAUUUACUUCUUUGCAUAAUCCAGAGAGCUGCAGCCCACAGAACACACAGCUCUCUAGUAUUAAUUUCUUUAAACACAUCUU